CCCGAACAAAGAGAAACGAACUUAGUCAACACACCCCCUACCAGUAGCCAUGGCUGCACAGGGCCCUGUACAGAGUCUCCAAGAUGAACUUUCCUGUUCCAUCUGUCUGGAGUAUUUCAAAGACCCUGUGUCUAUACCCUGCGGGCACAAUUUCUGCCGAGCCUGCAUCAGUCAGUACUGGAAGGAAACCGAGGCAAACUUCUUCUGCCCCCAGUGCAGAGAAGCUGCCCAGCAGAGAAACUUCAGGCCCAACCGGGAGCUGGCAAACAUUGUAGAAAUAGCUAAACGCCUGAGUUUGCAGACAACAGCAGUAGCAGGGUGCGAAAAAGUGACUGAGACACACAGAGAGGAGCUGAAACUCCUCUGUGAGAAGGACCAGGAACCAAUUUGUGCGAUCUGCAGGGAACCCCACACCCACCAAGCUCACACUGCGUUAUGCAAAGAGGAGGCUGCCAAAAAGUACAAGCAAUUUAUUCAGGCUGAACUCCAGACCUUGAGGGAAGAGAGAGAGAAGCUCCAGGGAUUUCAAACAAUGGGAGAAAGGAAAACCCAGGAAUAUCUGGAGAAGAUAAAGGUUGAGAGGCAGAAGACUGUGUCUGAAUUUCACCAACUGCACCAGUUUCUGGAGAAACAAGAACAACACCUGCUGGCCUGGCUAGAGGAAGUGGAGAGAGACAUUGCAGAAACAGAGAAGAAAAAUACCACCAAACUCUCUGAGGAGAUUUCCCUUCUCAGUGAUCUGAUCAGGGAGAUGGAAGAGAAGUGCCAGCAACCAGCCAGUGACCUCCUGCAGGAUGCCAAAAGCUCCAUGUACAGAUGGGAAAAGGGGACAUUUCAGAAGCUGGUGGAGGUUUCCCCUGAGGCAAAAAGGAAAUUUGGAGGCUUGUGCCAGAAAAACGUUGUUCUGAAGAACACUCUGAAGGCUUUCAAAGAGUCUCUAUUACUGGAGCUGGAGAAAGAAUGGGUGAAUGUGACUCUGGAUCCAAACACAGUUCAUCCCUGCCUGCUCCUGUCCAAAGAUCGAAAAUGUGUGAAAUGGGGAGAAAAAUAUCAUCAGCUGCCCAACAACUCCAAAAGAUUUGAUGCAGAGCUCUGUGUGCUGGGUUGUGAAGGAUUCACCUCGGGAAGACACUGCUGGGAGGUGGAGGUUGGGGGUGGAACAGGUUGGGGUGUGGGAGUUGCCAGAGAGUCUGUGAGAAGGAAGGGAGAGUAUUUCUUCAGCCCUCAGGAAGGGAUCUGGGCUGUGGGACUAUGGAAACAUGAGUACUUGGUUAUUACAUCCCCUUCAACCCACCUGUCCCUGAGCCAGGUCCCCAGGAGGAUUCAGAUCUCUCUCUACUAUGAAAGGAACCAGGUGGAAUUUUUUGAUGCAGAGACAAAGGCCCAAAUCUUCACUUUCUCUCCAACCUAUUUUAAAGGAGAGAAAAUCUACCCUUGGUUCUGGGUGGAGAAGGGAUCCCAGCUCAGUCUGUGCCCUUGAUGCACAAGGUAAAAUUCUCCCUUGAUACCUGUCCUUGCUGAAUGAAGAAGCUCCCAACAGCACCUGGUAUCAGCCUCCAGGGUCACAAGGAGUGGAAAUGAUGAUAACCUCAGUGAGCUGGGUUAUGAUACUAGAGAAGCCAAAUGUGUUGUCCAGGCAGUUUGUUACUCCUUUAUGGAGCACCCUAGCAAUUUGCAGGGUCUGUAGGUAUGGACUGGAGAACAAUUGCACUCUAGCUACUUUGCACCAAUAUGACUGUGGGGGGUCAUUCCCUUUGACCUCACUAGAGUUAUUUCUGAUGUACAAUAGGAUGAGCAAAAUGGAAACUAGUCUUUGAUGUUUUGUUCCAAGUUCCCCAAGUUCAUUCACUUAGCAUCAUGUCAUGCUACAAACCCAGAUAAAUAAAUGUUCAUACCUUUGGACUGAGA